AUGGGUGAAGGCUUGGUUGCUCAACGACAAGCUGAGGAUAAAGCUGCGUGGGACGCCUACUGGAAGGUUCGCGAUAUCGAAUCCCGCGGCUCAUUCUACCCAAGAGCUCGCUAUUUGGCUCAUAAGGCAUUUGAUAAGCCGGCGACAUGGUUUAGAGAGAAAAUUGUCGAGCCAUUGAAUAACAAAAACCGCCUACCCUAUUACCAUCGUCAACUCAAUCGUGUUCCGGAGAUCGAUGAAUGCGGUGUGAAUGACAAGGCGUGCUUCUAUGAAGCGAAUGAGCAAUAUCGACUCGACAAAAUGGUUGAUGGAUUCAUUCUUCAGAUUCUUCGCCAGCGUGUCGAUAGAUGCAUGUUGUACAAUAAUCCGGACCAUUCUCCAUGCGUUAAGAUGAUUGAGGAUAUGGAAGAGAAUGAGCUCAACUUCUUCAUUAAAUAUGGCGAACUCGGCGGCGAGACGGAUGUUCGCGAUGCUUAUAUGAAGCAGAAGCAUCGAUUGAUUUGGGAGCGACGCCAUCCGGAGAUCAUGGAAGAGCGCGCGAAGAAGCUCGCCGAGCACAAGGAGAAGCUCGCGAACGGCGAAUUCGACUAUUCGUUCUGGAAGAAGGGCAUGUUCUAUCAGGACAAGAAGAACUACGAGCCGAACUACGAGUUCUUUUUGUCGAAAUCGCCGCUCGAAGGCGACAAGCCGCUGUCGAAGGAUUGGCAAUACUACAAGAAGGUGGCGCAAGAUGCCGAUUUCGACAAAGAGCAGGGAAAGAAAUCGGAAUUCCGUCUCUUCUAG